CUAAGACAUUUUUGGGUUAGAUCCCUUGGAUCUUUGUCUCAUUCACGGACUUGGUGAAUUUUUAAAAGGGAAAGAUUGCAAUACUGCAGCCUGCACUACCCUCUUCCACAUCUCAGGAUGAUGAACUCAAUUUUUGUGUUUGAAACAUUUUCAGAUGUAGUUAAUUUCAUACAUUUAAAAAUGUUAUCUUGGGAUAUGCAGGGGGCAUAUGAUGAUAAAAAACAAAGAAUUAAGUGAUAGCUAUCUCAAAAAAAAUAACGAAUCAGAAUUAAAUCACUUCUACCUCAGGUAAAUUUAAAAAAAAAAAAAAAAAACUAUGUUAGCCUGCUGAAUAUGAUACCAGAUAAAGUAAUAGAAAAAAAAAAUGAAUUGAAAGUGAUCAGCAUGGAAAUUUGUUAUACUUACAAGCAGGACAGAUCAUGAAACAAUUUGAGUAUUUCCUAUAUGUUCACUAGAUGUCAUGUCUAUGAAAAAGAGGCAGAGAGCAGAUAAUGAAAGGGAAAGGGGAAAAUUGAGAGUCGAGAUAAUUGUCACAUACUGUAGGCAGAGCAUGCCCAUUCACAGGGUGUAAAUUCUAGUCUCAGCUGCUGGGAUUUGGGCCAAUUCACUCAGCCUUUCUGAGCUGGUAGCCACCUGAGUUGUGCACCUAAGGAGAAUGAAGGUACUCUCUGGGUUGUCACAGGUUAUUGUGAGUCUCCAUUGUUAUUGUGCAUGAAACUUCUUAGAAAUUAGAUCAUGUUUGGGAUGUGAACUAAUGAAACUUAAAAUGAUUGGUUUUGCCCAUUUUAUAUUUUUCUCUUUGCCUAGGAAAAGAGAAAAUGACUGAGUUUCUCUUCUGCUGGUGGAAGGAAAGGAAUAUAAAUGUGUGUGAGUGUGUGUGUGUGUGCAUCAUGACUAUGUCUGCUUUAUUGGUUCCUCUUUUUCUUUUGUUUUGGAAGGAGAGAUCAGAAUGAGAUGAAAGAAACUUCUGCAGUGCUAAGCCAUUCUGUGGUAGAAACUCCCAAGCAGUGGUUCAUGGGUAAUGGAUCCUGUGAUUUUACUUGGACAAAAAGCUGUGCAACACAUGAGAGAAUCCAGCUUAGAGAGAGACAUUGUGAAUGUACCGAAUGUGGAAAAGGUUUUAUAAAAAAGGAAAAGCUUAUUGUACAAGCGAGAAUCCACACAGGAGAGAAACCUUAUGACUGUAACCAAUGUGGAAAAGCUUUUAGAUGGAAGGGAAAACUUAUCGUACAUCAGAAAAUCCACACUGGAGAGAAGCCUUAUGAAUGUAACCAAUGUGGAAAGGCUUUUAGAAGCAAGGAAGGUCUCAUUGGUCAUCAGAGAAUCCACACUGGAGAGAAGCCUUAUGAAUGUAACCAAUGUGGAAAGGCUUUUCGACACAAGGUAGCUCUUACUGUACAUCAGAGAAUCCACACUGGAGAGAAGCCUUAUCAAUGUAACCAAUGUGGAAAGGCUUUUCGACACAAGGUAGCUCUUACUGUACAUCAGAGAAUCCACAUUGGAGAGAAACCUUAUGCAUGUAACCAGUGUGGAAAAAAUUUUAUAAAAAAAGAAGCUCUUAUUUUACAUCAGAGAACCCACACUGGAGAGAAGCCUUAUGAAUGUAACUACUGUGGAAAGGCUUUUAGAAGCAAGAAAGGUCUCAUUGGACAUGAGAUGAUGCAUACUGGAGAGAAACCUUAUGAAUGUAACCAGUGUGGGAAAAGUUUUAUUAAAAAAGGAGCUCUUACUUUACAUCAGAGAACCCACACUGGAGAGAAGCCUUAUGAAUGUAACCACUGUGGAAAGGCUUUUAGACAAAAGGGAGCUCUUACUGUACAUCAGAGAAUCCACACUGGAGAGAAACCUUAUGAAUGUAACCAGUGUGGAAAAAGUUUUAUAAAAAAUGGAGCUCUUAUUUUACAUCAGAGAACCCACACUGGAGAGAAGCCUUAUGAAUGUAACCACUGUGGAAAGGCUUUUAGAAGCAAGAAAGGUCUUAUUGGACAUGAGAUGAUGCACACUGGAGAGAAACCUUAUGAAUGUAACCAGUGUGGAAAGGCUUUUAUACAAAAGGGAGCUCUUAAUAUACAUCAGAGAAUCCACACUGGAGAGAAACCUUAUGAAUGUAACCACUGUGGAAAGGCCUUUGGAGACAAGAAUACUCUUACUGUACAUCAGAGAAUCCACACUGGAGAGAAACCUUAUGAAUGUAACCACUGUGGAAAAGCUUUUAGAAACAAGGGAAGUCUUACUACACAUCAGAGAAUCCACACUGGAGAGGAGCCUUAUGAAUGUAACCACUGUGGAAAGUCUUUUAGAGACAAGAAUGUUCUUACUGUACAUCAGAGAAUCCACACUGGAAAGAAACCUUAUGAAUGUAACCACUGUGGAAAGGCUUUUAGAGACAAGAAUGCUCUCACUGUACAUCAGAGAAUCCACACUGGAGAGAAACCUUAUGAAUGUAACCACUGUGGAAAGGCUUUUAGACAUAAAUCUAGUCUUACUGACCACGAGCGUACCCACACUUAAGAGAAACUUUAUGACUGUAAUCAGUGUUGGAAAACUUUUGCAAAUAGAGGAUUUCUUACUAGUAAUCAAAGAACCCAAACUGGACAGAAACCUUCUCAAUGUAACCAAUGUGGAAACCUGGGACGCUAAUGUAUUGUUGGUGGAAUUGUGAAUGGAUCCAACCAUUCUGCUGAGCAAUAUGGAACUAUACCCAAAGGGCUAUCAACAGGUGCAUAGCCUUUGAACUAGCAAUAUUUCUACUGGGCUUAUUUGCCAAAGAGAUCCUAAAGGAGGGAAAAGGGCCCACAUGUGCGGAUGUUUCUGCAGCCCUAUUUGUAGUGGCAAGAAAUUGGAAACUGAAUGGAUGCCCAUUAGCUGGGAAAUGCUGAGUAAGUAAUAGCACAUUAAUGUUGUGGAAUAUUAUUGUUCUAUAAGGAAUGAUCAGCAGGAUGAUUCCAAAGACUCCUGGUGAAACUACAUGAACUGACGCAAAGUGAAGUGAGCAGAACCAGGAGAUCAUCAUACAUGGCAACAGCAACACUAUACAGUGAUCAGUUCUGGUAGAUGUGGCUCUUUUCAAGAAUGACAUGAUUCAGGCCACUUCCAAUGAUCUUGUGAUGAAGAGAACUAUCUACACUGAUAGAGGACUGUGGGAACGGGAUGUGGAUCACAACAUAGCAUUUGCACUCUUUGUGCACCUAACAAGUUGGUGGGAAUAGCCCAAAAACACUGAUGAGAGAAGUUUCCUAGGACUGCUGUCACCACCUAUGAGAUGAGUCCCAGCUGCCCCAAAGCACAAUGUAUCCAAGCCUCUGACACCAGCCUGGGAGUCAGUUUCCUUUCCCAGAUGUUCCUUUCAAACGUGGCAGAUGGACUUCAUUCCAUUGCCGGCUGCCCAUGGUUCCAAAUAUGCUUUGGGGAUAGUCUGUACACUUUCAUGCUGAAUGGCAGAGUUCCCCCUCAUACUGCCACAGCCUGUGGGCUAGCAAAAAUCAUCUUAGAUAAAAAGCAUUUCAGACCCACAUGAGCCACAAUAUGCCAACCCUUUAUGCAGUCACAAAGAACUGAAAAAUAAAUAUGUGUCUGUCUACUGGGGAAUGGCUGAACAACUUGUGGUACUUGAAGACCAUAGAAUAUUAAUUGUUCUGUAAAAAUGAGGAACGGGCUGGUUUUGGAAAGUCCUGGAGUUACAUGACCUGAUACUGAUCCAAACAAACAGAACCAGAAGUACAUUGUACACAGUAACAUUUCAAAUGCAUGAAGAUGAACUGUGAAAGCCUUGGUCCUUAUCAGAGGUUCAGGGAUGCAAAGCAAUCCCAAUAGACUUUGCACAGAAAAUGCCAUCUGCAUCCACAAAAAGAACUACAGAGACAAUGUAAAUAAACAUGUGCCAUGUUCUCUA